AUGGUUGAUAGAAAGUGUUCAAAAAAAUACGCAAACAAAUUUUCUGAACACACUUCAAUUGAUGUUAAUGGUUAUCUUAUAUACCGCAGACAAGUGGAUGGACGUUUUAUUGAGAAAUCAGGUGGUAAACUAGACAACAGAAAUGUCGUUCCAUAUAAUAAAUAUCUAUUGAAAAGAUAUCAAGCCCACAUUAAUGUUGAGUGGUGCAAUGAGGUAUCUUCAAUCAAGUAUCUAUUCAAAUACAUCAACAAGGGUCCAGAUAGAGCUACUGUUGCAAUUGUAGAAAACUGUGAUGAUGCGGUCACUGUCAAUGUUGUUCAUGAGAUAAAACAGUAUUAUGAUUGUAGAUAUCUUUCUGCAUGUGAAGCUUCAUGGCGUAUUUUUGGAUAUGAUGUUCAUUAUAGGACUCCUUCUGUUUUAAGACUUCCUUUUCAUCUUUCGGGACAACAACAAGUAGUGUUUGGUGGUGAAGAUAAUAUUGAUAAUGUAAUAAACAGACCAUCUGUGGCGUCCUCAAUGUUCUUAUCUUGGAUGCAUUGUAAUCAAAUUUAUCUAGAGGCACGAGAACUCACUUACAUUGAAUUUCCUACAAAGUUUAUGUGGAAAUUAGACGAACGAUGUUGGGAUCCAAGGAAAAAAGGGUUCUCAGUCGGACGGAUUCAUUCAGUUUAUCCUACUGUAGGAGAAGGGUAUUACUUACGAAUUCUGUUGAAUAAAGUCAAAAGUCCUAAAUCAUUUGAAGACAUUCGUACGGUUAAUGGAAAAACAUUUCCGACUUUCAGAGAUGCAUGUUAUGAGCUUGGCUUUUAG